GGAGGGGGGAAGGACAUGCCCUUACUAGGUGGUCGGGGUACAUGAGAAAAAGAUUUUCGUCUUUCAGUAAUUUGAGCCUUCCCUCCACCCGGGCUUUGCUAUAAAUUUCCACACAUCCAUUUUCCCGCUCAUUUCCUCUCUCUGUCCCCAUUUUCCAAACGCCCUUGGAGCUUUUUUCAGCAUGGACAUUUCAAGCCCUGCAGUUUUUGUCAAUGGAGAACUUUUAAAAAUGCACACCGGGCGAAGGGUUCGGUCAGUUGUUCAGGUUGUGCGAGUCGAUACUGGAGGCUUCGUAGCUCAAACUUCAGAUGGCCUGCAACUAUCUGUUAAAGCUACUACUGUUGAUCCUCUGUCAAAAUUUGUUGAGGUGAUUGGUGUUGCUGAGGGCAAUCAGACCAUUCGAGCUGAAAUGUGCACCAACUUUGGAGAUGCAUUUGAUAUGGCUUCAUACAAUCAGUUGUGCCAACUAGCCAACUCAGAACACAACAGUUUGUUUAUUUAGUUGGUGCCCUCUGCACGCACGCAUGUGUGUGUAAAGAGUCAUGAUCAGAAGCGUGACACCUACUAGUUAUGUUCCUACUGAACUUCCUGACAUAAAUCAUUGGAAGCCAUUUACUUCAAGCUUAGUUCAUUGUGAUUGCUGAGAGUCCCAGCCACACAUGAGGAAAUGUCUUUUUUAAGAUAUCAGAGGUUUCUGGACGCUAUGAUGCUUAUGAAAAAAGAAAAAAAUCCCUCUUUUUUUUUUGUAUCGUUUUUGCUCCUAUCCUCUUGGGAUUUGUUUGUGGUUGAUACAAUAUUUGACGGUCGAAAUUCAUUCCCAAAUAGUAUCUAUCAAAAUAAGUUUCAUAAAUUAUGUGGUACACUACAUCUACAAGGUACUGAUUAUACGUUAAAGUUUAGUAUUUUAGUUGGUA